UGACUGUGCUAUCUAGUGGAACAUUUUUUAAAUGCUAGGUUGACUACUUGUGAGCGGGGACAGGGUACGAGGAUAGAUCUGUUGACCAAAUGUUAUGCAUGGGUUAAUGUUUACUCUCAGGGCUAGUAGUGUAUGGCCGUGUGCAUAUCAGAGACUGGGCAACGUACUACUGCCCAGAUAUAUAUCCAAAAUGUCUGGAGACCCCAACUGGUUGCCCCCAGCUGACAGAGAACAGCUGCUAAUGGAGCUGAAGGCUACUGGCUGGGUAGAGGUGGAGGAGCGGGAUGCCAUCUACAAAGAGCUCCACUUCAAAACCUUUAAUCAGGCCUUUGGCUUCAUGUCCCGAGUGGCUUUGCAAGCAGAGAAGAUGAAUCACCAUCCAGAGUGGUUCAACGUUUAUAACAAGGUCCAGAUAACGCUAACUACGCAUGACUGUGGAGGAUUGUCCAAACGGGAUAUCAAGAUGGCCAAGUUUAUUGACAAAGUGACCUUGUCCAUGUAGAUGUUCCUCCUGUAUAUGUCACACGAUUGUUGUACAACUUUCUAUUUCAAAUAAAAAUGUAUUCAUUAUAA